AAAACAUGUACGCUUCCGGUUCAAAGUAGAGCGUGACGCUGCCACAUUAUCACUGUGAACCGUGAAUCAUUGACAGUCCAUACGCUGAAGAGUAAGAGAGUGUAAUCUAGAUAAUGGCUGAAAAGACUGAUCCCCCUGUCAUCCUGGGUCAUAAUUUAUGGGGAACCUUAACACAUCAUUUUGGGUCGGACCUGCAUCAUCAUGAUGUGGCUGAUGGGCCAGACAGAAUAUAUAUGGAUUACAACGCUACCACACCAGUCGAUCCAGAGGUGGUCAGGGUUGUUACUGAUGCUUUAACUGAAGCGUGGGGAAAUCCCAGCAGUAAUUACCUACCAGGUCUGAAAGCCAGAGACAUCAUUUACCAUUCCAGAGACACUAUUGCCAGGAUGGUUGGUGGAAAAGCAGCAGACAUUAUUUUUACUUCAGGAGGAACUGAGGCCAAUAAUCUGGUGUUUCACUCAGCUGUGGAGCACUUCAGAAAGAGCAAGAAUUCGGCAGAGGGAGGCACAAACAGCAAGCAGCUAAAUGGAAGAGGCUCCCUGCCCCAUAUUAUCAUCUCCAAUGUAGAGCAUGACUCCAUCAAACUCACAGCUAAACACUUGUUAAAAGAGGGCAAAGCAGAUGUCACAUUUGUGCCCGUUUCCAAGGUUACGGCACGGGUGGAGGUUGAGGAUGUCAUUGCAGCGAUUCGUCCCACCACCUCCUUGGUGUCGAUCAUGCUGGCCAAUAAUGAGACAGGCAUCAUUAUGCCAAUUAAGGAUAUUUGUCAGAGGGUGAGGGAAGUAAACAAACAGAGGGCAGCAUCAGCUCCCAAAAUCCUCCUGCACACCGAUGCAGCACAGGCUAUCGGAAAGAUACGAGUGGAUGCACAUGAGCUGGGAGUAGACUAUAUUACCAUUGUAGGACACAAGUUUUAUGGCCCUCGAAUUGGCGCUUUGUUUGUGAAUGAUCCUGGAACCACAACCCCAGUUUACCCUCUGUUUUUUGGAGGAGGACAAGAGCACAACUUCAGACCAGGAACUGAGAAUACAGCAAUGAUAGCCGGUCUGGGAAAGGCUGCAGAAUUGGUAAGUUCAAAUCUAGCAGAGUAUGAAGCCCAUUUCCUGGACAUCCGAUGUUAUCUGGAGCAGAAGCUGCUUGCUGUCUUUGGAAGAGAUAAGAUUCGUUAUAACAGCCAUUUUCCUGGCUCAGACAUUUUGCCCAACACAUGCAAUGUGUCCAUUUUGGGAAGGGGACUUCAAGGACGUAGAGUGCUGUCCACCUGUAGGAGGUUGUUGGCCAGUGUGGGUGCUGCCUGCCACUCAGACAGAGGAGAUCAACCUUCCCAUAUUCUUCUAAACUGUGGGAUUCCAUAUCAUGUGGCUACCAAUGCUUUGAGGAUCAGUGUGGGUAGAAGUACCUCCCAUGAAGAUGUGGACAUUGUCGUGGAGGAUCUGAGAGACACUGUAGAGCAACUGGAGCGGAUGAACUAGCACCAUGGAUAUUGUACCUGCUUAUGUGUGUGUGUGUGUGUGUGUGUAUGUAUAUAUAUAUAUAUAUAUAUAUAUAU